CCUCCUCCUCCUCCUCCUCCUCCUCCUCCUCCUCCUCCUCCUCACUCAAAGUUAGAUACAGUUUGGAUACAGUAGGAGUCUAUUAAUCGACCUCAGCUAGAUGCUACCCACCGCCGAUUAGUACACUACGACUACAACGGAUGCGCCAUUAUGCGGCCAGCAGGACGCCAUGGAUUGAACGAGGACACCUGGUCCAUCGUCUUGUCCUUUGCCGACCCCAACGACGCCCACAGUCUAUCCCUCGUCUCCCGAAUAAUCCACCCCGCCGCUCGGCGCGUCGUCCUCUCCCGCGCAAAAAUAUUUAGUCAAGGCCAGCUCGAGCAUGUCUGCGCCUUCAUGCUUGAGGAGCCGCAACAUCGCGUCCGCUGGCUGCGCGAGCUCCACAUCAGCGACUCCGCCCUGAAUGCCAGCGCAGAGGGGCUUGCCGCGAAGCUCGCGGAUCUCCUGGGUGCAGCGCAGAAUAUCGUCAGCCUCGCGCUUCCCUGUGUGGAGUCAAUGUUAGAAGCAGAACCGCGUGUUGGCACGGCUUUGGCCUCCCUCGCACGCCUAGAGGUCGUGAAGUUCUCUGGUGUGUUCGCUCAGUCGCUGAAUAUGGCGAAUACGAUGGCUAGCAGUCCUACGGACGUUACGCUUAUACUUGGCACGUCCUGGGACGACGAAUACAGUACGAGCGAGCUCCCCGUCAUGCUAAGCCAUCUGGCCUUGCUCCGCAAAGCAAGCGUAGUGGAGAUAGAGUUCUCUGAACUCUCAGGGACCAACAGCUACGUACGCAGCUACGGUGAACCCUCGAACUUCGGCUUCGAGCUUGGACAACUCGGCCAGCAGCCGACCGUGCGCGAGUUCCGCUUCCGGUGCGGCGGGCCCCUCCCGUUGUUCCACAUCUUCCCGAACAUGCAGGUUCUACACCUGCGCUGUAUGGAGGACGAGUUCGCACAGUUCGACUGGGAGGAGUGGGCGUGGACAGACUCCGUUCCACUGGUCGAGGUCACGACUGACGACAACGAUCAACUCGUAUGCCUCGCCGGGGCACACGGCACACCGAUGCUUCGCCAGCUCUACCUGGAUCAGCCUCCCUCACACGACUCCGACGUGGACUUCGACGUCGACAGCUUGCGGCCCAUUUGCUUGACAUUCCCCCUCGAGGAGUGGCAUGCGCCGCGGAGAACGAACCUUCCUCUUUGGGGCGGACAUCUGGAGGACCCUGCAGAAGGACGGCUGCGCUACCUGCAGGUGGCCGCCAAGUGCCAUUCGGAAGAGGACAUGCCCGUGCGGUGGGUGACAUGGCUCCUCCCUGCUCUCCUCGCGUCCCAGCUAGUGUGCCUGCGGCUCAGCUUCCACGUCACCACGUCGUCUGGGAAGGUGACCAGGCUUGACGAAGCGCGACAGUUGCUCGUAAAGCACCUCCCUUCGCUUCGCUACCUGUGCAUUGCUGAAGGUAAAUUUCCCGUGGAGGACCUUAUUUCCGCAUUCCACCCACGCUUCGUUGGCGAGUGCGCUUGGUGGCGCGUGCACGAGGUCGCGGGCGAGAGGCGAUCGGAAAGCAUCUCGUGCGAGGCUGGUGAGCGGGUCGAACGGUAUUUGCGCUCGGCAGAGUUUGAGAAGACGCUGUCCCUCAAUGGGUUCGUGCUGAACGACGCAUAGGGCGUAGGGGUGCAUAUCGACCUACGUCUGCGAACGCUGACUGCGCUCUCUCGGAGUCCAAGGAGAGGCUGGUUUGACUAGAGCGUAAAUAUGCGCAUGUGUACACUGUACACUGUCCUGGCUCUCAAUUUGCAUGGCUUUGCGCGUAACGCUGCGAGCGCUCGCAGUCACACUUUGUUUGUCUCCGUGAU